CUCAGAUGGCAGUAUAGCCUCGGUUGGGACCCUAUGGCCGUGCUUCGUCACCCCGGAUGGUUGCGGUAGCGUACGGCAGAGUUAAAGGUUCAGAAAACCCAAAGUUGCGUUGGAAUCUUCGAGUCUGGCGUUGGCCCGCUCAGACGUGUGCGCGCAGCUUGUUCCGAUGUCGGAUUCGCCCUCCAGGGUCUUAUUUCUAGUUGCCGUAUGGAUCGGACUACUGGUAGCCGUAGCCAUCCCCAGCCAAACUCUCGCAUUCUCGAUUCCUCUCCAGGAAUGCAGCAAUUCUGCCACUCCCGAAUCAUGGGCAGGCAUGCUUCCAUCUCAGGUCCGUUUCUCGGACGUGACCCAACACUACCCUGUCACCUGGACGCGUCGGCUUUUUUCGUCCGAACCACGGCGCCAUUUUGCCGUCCGGCACAUUACUCUGAAAGUCUCGUCGUGCUUUUUACAAAUUACGGGAGCCUCGUCCAGUGGAAAAUCCACCAUACUCAGACUCAUUCACGGCCAAGAACAACCAUCCGGAGGUGCCGUCGAGAUUGCCUCCCAAUACCACAGCCGCGACAACAAUCGUACGCGUCCCCGUAACGCCCUGCCUAUUUAUCUGGACGCUAAACCGUCUUGGGACCAUACGAAAACGUUGGAGCAGUAUAUGGACGAUACUGUACGGAAGUAUGGGAGUCUCGAUGCGCUUACCCACGACGCGGUGCACGAGCUCAAGACCCACAUCUGUACCAUAUUCGCAUUCGACGUUGGCAGCAAAAUGUGGCUACGGAGGAAAGCUGUGGAUCUUUCCCCGUCCGAAAGUUACCGAUUCCGACUGAUUCUCGCUUGCUUGCAAAGCUCCCUGGGCCACGCUCGAAUGGUGGUUGUUGACCCGCAUGAUAGGCACGAACCCCGUCGACUACCGGCACCAAUUUUGCUCUUGGACGAGUGGAUGGACCAGGAAACAUCCAGUGUGGUCCAAACCGUACUAGCGGGUCUCCGUAAGCUUGUGCAAGCCGGAGCGGUUGUGGUAUCGGUUACGCACAAACCCGAACGAUGGAAGACCCCCGUUCCGGCGAGUCAGGCGACAUUUUGUCGUGAAAUUGUCCUGUGCCGUGGCGAGAUUCUAUCGUCCACCCUGUAA